AUGGUUGCUAUACGUAAAGCUGCUCUUGAGGAAGCGAUUUUAAACAUUGCUAAACAGAUGACGAUGGUAAUCAAUGAUCCAGAACAAACGAUAACAGUCCAAACCAUGGCGGCCUAUGUAAAGAAUACCUACAAAACAUUGCUUCAACAAGAAGCUGCUUAUGUUGGUAGUACUUUCUACAAGGAUGAAGACCCGAAUAACCACAUGAUGUGGACGUUCGGAAGCAGCUUCUUCUUCUCAAUGAACGUUUUCACUACCACGGGUUACGGUAGGAAGAUUCGUUCAAAACAUGACAUCGAAGAAGGUGAAAUGUUCACGCUGCCUGUGCUGUUGUGUAUGGUCAUCAUGUUCGCAUAUCUGAUGGGAACGACAACAUUCAUAUUCAUCUACGACAAACUCUCAGGACCACCAGAGACAGGAAUCGACUACUUUCUUUCCUUUUAUUUUUCGUUCAUCUCAAUCUCGACCAUUGGUCUUGGUGACGUCAUGCCGAACAAUGUCACGUUUGAUCCACUGAUUACGAUUUUGUUUUUCUUCGGAAUGCCUUUAAUGAAGGUAGUCAACAGUUCGACGUAUCAAUGUGUCGAAAAAUCAACUAUAGGCAUUCUUACAUUUUUUGAGAAUCGCCUGCUACAAAUUAGUCAAGGUUCGCGUAUUCCCGUUACCCUCAACGAGUCAACGAAACCGUGCUCUAUCACGCUAACGGAUACAAAUUCAUCCGCUUUGAAGGAGGAUCCACAAAAUGACAUAGCCAUUCGUUCGAUGCUAACUUUCAUUAAAUCUGAUGCUCAUGUGUAUGAUCAUCAUUUUGGACGAGUGAAUUUGACUACUAGAACUGAUGCCCUCUAG